AUGGCCAAGGGACAACUUCAGCAGCAAGAGCAGCCAUGGGCCACUUUGCAAAACAGGACAGGAUUAGACACAGACAUGAAACUCACAAGAUCCGGGAAAAUUGCUCUGACUAUCUUGGUGGUCAUAAUUGCUGCAGCAGUCAUUGGAGUUAUCAUUUAUUUUGUGGUCUAUGGUAAAACACCUUUCUAUUACCACAUCAGCUUUAAACUUAAUAAUGUUGAAUAUGACAGUGAGUUUGACAAGCCAUAUUCUCAAGAAUACAUAGAUCUCAAUGAAAGGAUAGUGUCUUUGAUGAAUAAAACAUUUCAAGCAUCCAAACUGAGAAGGCAAUAUAUCCAAUCCCACGUUGUCAAAGUCAGACAGGACAAUGGUAAAACAAUAGUGGAUGUGGUGCUGAAAUUUAAGUCCUGUUACAGCAAUAAUGCAGCAGUGUUUCGGGACAGGGCCAGAAAUAUUUUACUUCAGAAGCUGGCAGGUGACACCGGGUCCUUCUGCAUAGAUUCUUCCUCCUUCAAACUAUCAGAUAUUGAUAUGGAUCCAGCAGAAAAUCUUCUCAAUAUGUGUUGUGGAAGACGGACAAAAAUGUCUCCUGGUAACAAAAUAGCUGGAGGCUUGGAUAGUGUAGAAGGGGAAUGGCCCUGGCAAGUCAGCCUGCAACAGAAUAACAUUCACAGAUGUGGGGCUACUCUAAUUAAUAACAACUGGCUUGUCACCGCUGCACACUGCUUUGUAAAUGCCAAAAAUCCGCAAGAAUGGAGUGCAACCUUUGGAUUACUUUUAAGUGAUCCAAAACUGAAGCGAAAUGUGAAAAAUAUUAUCAUUCAUGAAAAGUAUCACUAUCCAGCUCAUGACCAUGACAUUGCUCUUAUAAAUCUGUCCAAACCAGUACUAUAUACAAGCACUAUUCGAAAGAUUUGUCUUCCAGAAGCAAGUUAUAACUUCCCCCCAAAUUCUGAUGUGAUAGUCACAGGAUGGGGAUCACUAAAAACUGAUGGAUCAAGUCCUAAUGUUCUCCAAAAAGCAAUAAUAAAAAUUAUAGAUAAUGGCACAUGCAAUAAAAAAGAGGCAUAUGAUGGUGCCAUAACAAAUGAAAUGCUGUGUGCUGGAUUCAUGAAGGGAAAAAUAGAUGCCUGCCAGGGUGACUCAGGUGGACCACUGGUUAGUUCAGAUUCUAGAGGCAUUUGGUUUCUUGCUGGAAUCGUGAGCUGGGGAGAUGAAUGUGCUCUUCCAAAUAAGCCUGGAGUCUAUACUAGAGUCACUUCCUAUCGAAACUGGAUUAAGUCAAAAACUGGGAUCUAGGUCAACAAUUCCCUAUAGAUUAAAGCACACAGGUUAUAGAAAGACUUUUAACUGCCAAGCCACAAUUGAAUAAAUAUGAAAUUCCUUAUACAUGCUGAGAUCACAAAUUUAAGCAUACAUAAUUCAAGUUCUGAUUUUGUUUGCCCAUACCAAUGGUAAAUAUUAGGGUUUAUUAAGAAACAAAAAUGUCACUUAAAAUACAAUAUUUACAUGAACCAUACAUUUGAAAAAGUUUAUAAUAUGAACUUUAAUUUUAGUGAUUUUUAAUAUUAAAAUUUUAUUUUAAUUAUUAGACUUUAAACAUUUCCACUUAUUUACUUCUUUGGCUAGCAAGGAUUAGCAAAUUAAAAUAUUCAAUAUAACAACCUGCUAAUAGACUACUUUACUAUGUGACAACAGAUAUUAACAGGUAAUAUUUAGAAGCACAACCAGAGAGCUAAUGAUAAUACUGAAUUAUUAUAUGUUUAUAAAAUCUUUUUACCAAAUAAUAUUAUUCACAAGAAAAAUUCAAGUUGUAUGUACUAUAAUACAAUGAAACAAGCAGCAUGUUAGUCUUCUAAGGUACUAUGGGGACAUUUCUGACAUUUCUGAUAUAUUACUUCUAACAUAUCCCUCUCCUCUGUGCAUUGAUCAUCUGUUAAAUGAAUAGGUUAUUCUUGCUGUAUGUGAGAGAAUUAAAUCUAAAAAUAAUUCAAAAAAUAAUUUUUAAAUUCACAGGAUUUAGAGCUGAAAGGGAUGUUAGGGGAUACUCUGGUACCAAUUUCCCUUCAUCUUUAUAUAGCAGCAUAAUUAAAACCUAAAAAAGGUAAAUUGAUUUGCCAAUCACAUAGAUAGUAAUAAAUUUGUGUUUCAAAUCUGAGUCCUUCAGCUACAAAUUUUGUGCUCUUUUUAUUAUUAAAUAUUGUCUCCAAUUCUUUACUAAGGUGUUGAGUAGUUCACUUAGGAAGCAUUUCAUAUCCUGAUAAAUGAUUUAAAUAGACUCCACUAUACAAUAAUUUGCAAAAUUGAUCAUUUUAUGAAACAAAGCUGGUUGCCCUUUCUUUUUUUUUUUUUAAACCCUUACCUUCUGUCUUGGAGUCAAUACUGUGUAUUGGCUCCAAGGCAGAGAGUGGUAAGGGCUAGGCAAUGGGGGUCAAGUGACUUGCCCAGGGUCACAUAGCUGGGAAGUGUCUGAGGCCAAAUUUGAACCUAGGACCUCCCAUCUCUAGGCCUGGCUCUCAAUCCACUGAGAUACCCAGCUGCCCCCUGGUUACCCUUUCUUAUGAAAAAGUCAGGCCAUAUUUAUUUGAAACAAUAUAAUAACAAACUAUUAUAUUUAAGUUUAAAUCCAUAAUAAAAUCUAUUAGUCAGUCUUAUAGGACACAGAUAUAGAUAUAGACAUAUGAAGACCAUAGUUAAAAUGGUUAUUUGGGGCUUUAAAAAAAUGAAAUGUACAUUUUUAUCUAUAACAAUACAAGCAAGAUAUCAUUACAAUUGAAUGCAAUUAUAUCUGUAAAAAGGAAUUCUUUAUUCCUUUUUUUAAAUUUAAUUGGUGACCAUGAAGGGACCUCAAAAUUUACAACCUUCUUUUUUCUUAUCAAAGCUUAGAUAACUGGAAGACUUCUAAAAUCCCUUAAAGACUUUCAAACAACUCCCAUUUCUUCCCAGACAAAAUCCACCUAAACUCUCAAACUACUUGCCAACACAAAGUAAAGAACAAAAAUGUUCUGGCUUUAGAAGAAGAAAAUGAGAGUUGACAGGGAAGGGGCAGGAAUAUGUACAAAUGACUGUCCUCCCCUUCUUGUAUGGGGUUCACAGUCCUGAUUUUAAUUAUAUUUUCUGUUUAGCAGAGAAUUUUUUUAAUUCAUUGUUGAAAAAAUUCCAAGAUGGUCAACUUUUCUACUUUAGUUAGUACAGUCAGUGGAAAGUAAUUUAUUGUUUUCUUUAAUGAUUCAGAAUCCUUUGCAGAGCCGAAUAGAAAAUUGUUCAUUUUUGUAAUAAAAAUGGAAAAGAUAUAGAAGUCUGGGCUGAAUCUUUACUGAACCCAGAACAUAUUUUGAACGAAAUCAUAUUAUUCUGACUAAACUCUUACUAUCAUUUUGUUUUAUCAUUUGUCACUUCCUACUAAAAGUAAAUACCCCCCCCCAAAAAAAAAAUCCAGUGUGUUAGAAUUUCUGAUUAGUUGGAUACCACUAAAUCAAGAUUUAAUCAUUUGAAAAAAGGGAUUCUGCCUAAAAAUCACAAUUCUUUGGUGCCGUGGUAAAAACAAGUUCUAUAGAAUGAGUAAUAUUGUGGAUUUUCAAAAUUCUAUUCCCUAUAAAAGUUAUUCUUUAUAAAAGAGGACAUAGUAACACUUCAAAUUGUAGGUUGAGUGAGAAAAACUGACCUAUAGCUAAACUGUUUAUUCUUCAGCUCCCAACAAAUACCCAUUCUUUCCUAGACAAAAUCCACCUAAACUUUCAAACUACUUACCAACACAAAGGAAAGAACAAAAGUAUUCUUGCAUUAGAAGAAGAAAAGGAGAAUUGACCAAGAUGGGGCUAGAAUAUGUGUAAAUGACCCUGCCCUCCUCCUUCUAUGGAGUUCACAGCAUUUGCAGACUGUAUCAGCUCUUUCAUCUCUGGAUCCUGCAGAUUACAAAUGUGAUUUUUAAUAGCAUAUAAGUUUUGAAGGAGUUAUGCUACAACAAAUAAAUUUAGAUGUCCUUUGGAGUUUAUUACUAAAGGGAUUUUGCAUAUAAUGCUAAUACUAUUAAUACUAGUAACUGUGGUGAGGGGGGUUCUUUUUAUUUUUAAUAUGGCUCUGUUAAAAAGAAAAUCAACUUAGCAAGUUCAUUGAUUCUCAUUUUCAUUUAUUUCUAUUCCAUAUCCUCAAAAAUAACCAAGUAAUCCUUUGCUUUACAUUCAGCAGCUAGUGGGUAUCUAGAGGGAAAAAAGAUUUGACUAUACACUUGUUGAAUUAUUCAUUGAAAAGAAUUACAAAAAUGAAAUAAGGAGGAGUAUAAAAGAUAGGAAUUACUAAGAAUGAAGUUAGUACUAGAAGCUAUAAAGUUAAACAACUAGCCUUAAUGAGUAUCAACUUGAUUUAAAUUGAUGAGGUCAACAAAUAAAUAUCUUUUUCUGAAUUUUAUUUUUAAAAUAAAGAUUGAUGCUACAUCCUCAUCCUAAUCUAUAAUCAAUACAAGUAUGGGAAGGCUUCUAUAACAUUCAAUCUAGAAACAGAAGGGCUUGAAUCUCUCACAUUUUAAAGUUGCAUUGCACAAAGCAAAGAUAAUCUUCUCUUUUUUGUGUUGUGCUAUUAAGUCCAGAAUUACACAUAUAUACAUGUAUAUGUAUAUAUUUAAAAGCAAUGAUUUUGACUAUUUUAGGUAAUGAUCAACAGAGAAUUCAAAUAAAAAUUCUACAUUCACUCGGUCCCAGUAGCCUAAUUGAACUUUACCAAAAGAUGUCUAACCAUGAGCCUAAUAUAAAAUAUAUUUGGAAACAA